UGGCAGUACUAGUGGCUCAUAUAAUCAUGGCUGCAUAGGCUUCAACUUUUUUCGACAACGCUCCCUCCUUUAUCUCCAUCUCUCCAUGAUGGAAAACCAAAACUAAAACUUAAACAGAGAAACAACAUAGAAGAGAGAUUUUAGACAAAAACAGAUGCAAACUGAGCACUAUUUUUACCAUGGACUAUAUUGGUACAAGCGAUAGGUUAAUAUGUGCAGUUCGUGAAGGAAACCUAGAAAGAACAAGGGAGUAACUUACUUAUCUUGGACUAUCUUAUUCACAAGAAUGGUCAGAAGGAUAUGAUUUACUUUGUGAUGCUAUUGAGAAGAAGCAUACAGAAUUUAUUAUUACACUACUUUUAACAAUGAGUUGUAAUGUUAACAGAGACACUGACGAAUCUUAUGAUACUUUACUUCAUUUAGCUGCUAUAAAUGGUGACAUAGAAAUUGUUAAGAUGCUUCUAAACAGACGUGCUAACAUUAAUACUGAAGAUCACUUUGGCAGAACUCCGCUUCACAAUGCAAUUGAAAAUAAGGAUAUAGAACUUGCUGAAUUACUUUUAGAUUAUGGAGCUACCGUUAAUGCCAGUGACAGUUUAGGUUUUACACCACUGUGUCUCGCUGUUCACCAACAACAUGUACGUGGUGUUAAGAUGCUGUUGGACAGAGGUGCUAACGUUAAUUAUUCAAAUUGGUGGCCUUGCACAACUCUGCUUCACUAUGCGAUGGAAACUAAGCAAAUAGAAAUUGCUCAAUUACUAUUAAAUCAUGGAGCUAACAUUAAUGCUAGUGGAAAGUCAGGUUUUACACCACUGUGUCUUGCUGUUCGACAAGGACAUGUAGAUGGUGCUAAGAUGCUGUUGGACAGAGGUGCUAACGUUAAUGCUAAAUCUGUGUUUGGCAGAACUCCGCUUCACGAUGCGAUGGAUAAUAAGGAAAUAGAAGUUGCUGAAUUACUUUUAAAUAAUGGAGCUAACGUUAAUGCCAGUGAUAUGUUAGGUGUUACACCAAUGUGUAUCGCUAUUCAAAUAAGACAUGUAAGUGGUGUUCAGAUGCUUUUGGACAGAGGUGCUAACGUUAAUGCUGAAAAUCGGAAUGGCCGAACUCCGCUUCACUAUGCGAUUGCAAAUAAGGAAAUAGAAAUUGCUGAAUUACUUUUAAAUUAUGGAGCUACCGUUAAUGCCAGUGACAGUUUAGGUUUUACACCACUGUGUCUCGCUGUUCACCAACGACAUGUAGAUGGUGUUAAGAUGCUGUUGGACAGAGGUGCUAACGUUAAUCAUCAAAAUAAGAAGUUUGGCUCAACUCCGCUUUAUGAUGCGAUGGAAAACAAGGAAAUAAAAAUUGCGGAAUUACUAUUAAAUCAUGGAGCUAACGUCAAUGCCAGGCCUAAGUCAGGUUUUACACCACUGUGUCUUGCUGUUCAACGAGGACAUGUAGAUGGUGUUAAGAUGCUGUUGGACAGAGGUGCUAACGUUAAUCAUCAAAAUCAUUGGUCUAGCAAAACUCCGCUUCACUAUGCGAUUGAAAAUAAGGAAAUAGAAAUUGCUGAAUUAUUAUUAAAUCAUGGAGCUAACGUUAAUGCCAGUGAUAAGACAGGUGUUACACCACUGUGUCUUGCUGUUAAAAAAGGAAAUGUAGAAGUUGUUGCGAUGUUGUUAGACAGAGGUGCUAACAUUAAUGCUAUAUCAUAUAACUAUUAUUAUGACUCUUAUUGUCGCAUUUCUUGUAAAGAAAUUGCUGACUUUCUUACACAGCAUAUAGUUAAGAUAAAAGCUGCAAAUUUAUCCGUAAGUGACCAAUUAUUAUUAAUGUGCAGCAAUUAUGAAAUAAGAGAUUUACAGGAUAAAUGUGAAAAAGAAGUAGCAAUCAUGAAGAAUGAGAAAAUUAGUAAUACUAACAUAUCAGUUUACGAUAUCUUGAUAAAAGCUACAAAUCGAUUAGCAAUAUAUAUGAGAAAUGAAAAUGUAGUGCAGGUUUUACGAUCAGACAAGUAUAAAACAAAAUUUCCAAUAUACUCUAGCAUGAUAAAAAAUCAGUUCAGAAAAGGUAUGCAAAAGAAAGAGUUGCUCGAACAAGGCACUAAAAUUUUUUAUUUGUUCUAUAACUUUCCUGAGCUACCACUUGGGUGUAUUGAACGAAUAUUUAGUUACUUAAGUGAUAAUGACAUAAGAAUUUUAAUAGAUACUUGGAAGUCUGUUAGUGUCAGUAAUUUUAAUACUGAUAUUAAUGAUGAUAGAAAUUACUUCAAAUACAUCUAAAGUGCUAUGUGUGUAAGUUAAGGAAGAACGAACUACUUUAAACAUGAAAUAACAGGUAUAAAAACUUAGAUUAUUGCUGUAUUUUAAAUACAGAUUACUAUCUUAUUUUGUGAAUUUAUUUUGUUUUUAAGAUUUUAUCUUAUCCUACUUUUUUGAAAGUUCUUUUUUACGUUUACAUUCUCUUGGACGUGUUCUUGUAUGGUGGAUCCAAGGAAAAGUAGACUGUUUUAUAUCUCCUUUUUUUUCAAACUUUGUGUCAGAUUUUAUAACAUUUGUAUAACGCAAAAUUUAUAUACAUUAAUUCGAUGAUACUCUUUUAUUGAACAGAGUGUAAUACGUGUAAUUUCUUUUAUUAAUUUGAAAAAUAAAAUUAGAUUGGAAAGCUUUGAA